UCUCUCAACCUUAACCUCCAAACAUGAAACAUUCUCUCACUCUCUACACCCUUGUCUCUCUCCUUGUAUGCGUUUCCGGCCAGAAAUGCGGCUGUGCUUCCAACGUUUGCUGCAGCCGGUACGGCUACUGCGGCACCAGCAGCGAGUAUUGCGGUACCGGCUGCCGUUCAGGGCCGUGCACCGGCUCCACAACGGUGGGAAACAACGGAGUAAAAGUUGGCGAUAUAGUGACGGAUAGUUUCUUCAACGGCAUUGCUAAGCAGGCGGGCGCGGGCUGCGCCGGGAAGGGAUUCUACACACGCGCGGCCUUCCUUGAAGCCGUUCAGCUCUACCCCGAAUUUGGCACCGUGGGGUCCACCGACGACUCCAAGCGAGAGAUCGCAGCCUUCUUCGCGCAUGUCACUCAAGAGACCGGACACUUGUGCUACACACGGGAGAUAAACAAAGCUAUCUAUUGCACAAACAGUAAACAGUGGCCAUGCGCCCCGGGCCAGAGCUACUACGGCCGAGGCCCGCUACAAGUUACGUGGAACUACAACUAUGGUGCAGCGGGCCAAGCCUUAAACUUUGAUGGAUUGAACAACCCGGAUAUCGUGGCCAGAGACCCUGCUAUCUCGUUCAAGACCGCAGUGUGGUUUUGGAUGAAUUACGUGCACAUGUCUUUUACAUCGGGCCAGGGUUUUGGGGCCUCGAUUAGGGCUAUUAACGGCGGCGAAUGCAAUGGCAGGAAGCCUGCCGCAAUAGCUGCCCGUGUUGGUUAUUAUACAAGCUAUUGUAGCCAAUUCGGAGUUAAUCCCGGGCCUAAUCUUCGUUGUUAAUUAAGAGAAACUAUUGGAAUAUGUAAGGCGUAAUGAGCUGAUUAAUGGGUUUGAAAUAAACGCAGUUUGAUUGAUUAUGCUU